AUGGAAGUUACUCAUCUUCUUUGUAUAGCAUUGCAACGUAAAUCUCAAGAUAUUUUGAAUGCAAUGCAUCUUGUCUCAAGCACAACAAAGCUACUGAAGAAUUUUCGAGAUUCGGGAUGGGAUGAUUUCUUAGUGAAAGUUAAAUUAUUUUGUAAGCAACAUCAAAUUGACAUCCCAUGUAUGAAUGCUCAAUAUAUUGCAAGAUGUGGUAAAUCUCGAAGUAAUCAUGAUGAGAUUAGUGUGAAGCAUUAUUAUCGAGUGGAUAUAUUUCUUGCAACAAUUGAUUAUCAAUUGCAAAAGUUACAUAGCAGGUUUAAUGAUUAUAUCGUGGAAUUGUUUGUUUUGAUUACUGCUUUAGAUCCUAGAAAUGGAUUUAUACUAUUCAAGAUUGAUGAUAUUUGUAAACUUGCAGAGAAGUUCUAUCCGAAUGAUUUUAUAGAGUAA